AUGAACGGCGAAGACCCGCCCGAGCGGCCCGAUUAUAUCACCAACAUUAUUAACGGUCUUGAACGCUACAAUCCGGAGGCUGUCGGUUCCUUGGAGACAUACUUGCAGGAGCAAUGUGAACAGAAGUUUUGCGACUCCAAUGCUAAUAGAACAUUGCUCAAGUUAUACCAGCUGAACCCCGAUCGAUUGAAGGAUGAGGUCGUCACCAACAUUCUCGUCAAAGCCAUGACCCUGUUUCCCUCGGCGCAGUUCUCCCUCGCCCUCCACCUGAUCAACCCUUCUUCCGCCGCUACAGGCGAACUCCACGAGGCCCUGACGAAGCUGCGAUCGCUCAACUCGCAACUCGAGGGGGCUCAGUAUGCCCAGUUCUGGGCCUCCGUGGACGGUGACGACCUGUGCGCUGACCUGAUCGCCGACAUUUCCGGCUUCGAGGAUAUGAUCCGACUCCGUAUCGCUCAGCUCGUCUCCCAGGCCUUCCGUGAGCUGAAGCUCGCCCACCUCGAGUCCUGGCUCGGUCUCAACGAGGACGCCACCCGCAACUUCGUCACCGAUGUCUGCGGAUUCACAGUCGACGGCGAGGGCAACGUCAAGAUUCCUUUGAACCCAGAUAAUGAGGCUAAGAAGGCCGAGAUUCGCGAGGACGUGAACGUGGAGCAAUUCGCAAGGGUAAUCCGACGAUCAUGGGAGGAGACUGUGUAA